ACCGACCGUACUCUUCCGUUCAGCGUCUGCCUUGAUUUAUGAUUGAUUAGGUAGCUGGUAGCAGCUCAGAUUGUAGCUAAAAACUCUACAAAAAUGUUCCGAUAGCGCAUGAAACUUGAAACGCAAAAUGCGAUGCUAUCUUCAAGCAUUUCUCCUGUGCAUGGUCUUCACCUUCUUUUCACUAUUUUAUGUGUUCAACCAACUAGCCUCCAGCUUGGAGGACGGAGAUGACUGGGGCCUAAAAGAGCAGGGGAUACCCGGCGGGCGCAGUCAUGACGACGGCCACCUUCUCAGGAAAAGGACAGGACUAGCAGGCCUUCGAGAGCAUGAAGAAGGGCUUGACAGGUGUAAAUCAUUGUCAGUUUCUUACUGGAAUCCAUAUUGGAGACUUCCUGCUGAUGUGUGUGGAGUGAACUGCUUAUUGGAAUCAUCUCUUGGAGAGAGGUCAAUCUCUCCAGGAAAGGAACAUGGUGAUGAAAGAAGUCACCUGGCUGUGGUGGCUUGUGGCCCCAGGUUAGAGGAGACCCUCACCAUGUUGAAGUCUGCUGUUCUCUUCAGCAAAAAGCCUUUGCACUUUUACAUCUUUGCUGAGGAUGAUCUACAUGAGCCCUUCAAAAUUGCUCUGGACAUCUGGCCCAAGACAGCUCAGACCAAGUUUAACUUCACCAUCUACCCCAUCACUUUUCCAGAGGACAAUGCAAAGGAGUGGAAGAAGCUCUUCAAACCUUGUGCCUCUCAGAGGCUCUUCCUGCCUCUGAUCCUGAAGGAGGUGGAUUCUUUGCUCUAUGUGGACACGGAUAUCAUUUUUCUGCAGCCAGUAGAGGAUAUCUGGGACCUUCUUUCUAAAUUCGAUUCCAGUCACUUAGCUGCCAUGGCACCGGAGCACGAGGAGCCACGCAUCGGUUGGUACAACCGUUUUGCCCGACAUCCUUACUAUGGCAAAACAGGCAUCAACUCAGGGGUCAUGCUCAUGAACAUGACGCGCCUCAGGGAGAAAUCUUUUAAGAAUGACAUGACAACAGUUCCACUGAAGUGGGGGGAAAUUCUGAUGCCACUUCUCCAGAAGUAUAAACUCAAUAUCACUUGGGGUGACCAGGAUCUUCUUAAUAUCAUCUUUCACCAUAACUCAGAGAGCCUCUAUGUGUUCCCCUGCCAGUGGAACUACCGUCCAGACCACUGUAUCUAUGGCAGCAACUGUCAACAGGCUGAUCAAGAAGGUGUCUUCAUUCUCCAUGGUAACAGGGGAGUUUACCAUAAUGACAAGCAGCCUGCAUUUCGAGCCGUCUAUGAGGCCAUCCAAAAGGUAGCCUGUCUGCACCCCUACAGUAAAUUACACAACUUGUGGUUUCUUAUUUUUCAGCCAUCCCCCACAAAGAUUCCUGACUUUAAUUGAGUAUGUACCCCUUUGGAGACAACAUGGAGACCUCACUGCUUCAGCCACUGGAGGCGUCACUACUGACCACCACAAAUACGUACUGUGGAAGAGCCAGUCACCUGUUUACAAAGAGGCUAAAACAGAGCAUCACGUCUGUUCAACAAGAAGUCACACAGAGAAGAUGAACAGGACAUCACUCCGAUAUCAUUGAUAUCCUCAUCAGCGGUUCUGGAAGUAGAGACUUGGAUGUAAGACACUCCUGUGGAGACAUUGAGCUGGAUGACAAACAGACUCCGGUCAACACUGAACCAUCAAGCAUUUCAUUUACAAACUGCACAUCAAGACUGGACAUGGUUUAAGGUAUUCUGUGGUACAGGUUAUAUUUAUUUUAUUCUUAAAUGAAGCCAAUGAUGGUACAUAUCUGUCCAGUUACAAAUGCUUUCUCACUUUGGUGGAAAACGCACUCACUCUUUGGAGAAAAAACCAACAAUCUUUUUGUACAAUUGUGUUAUAUCUUUGGGAGAAAUGCAGCAUGUACUUUUAGUUUGUACUCUCUUCUAGAGUAUUUGAUCAGAGUUGUUUUAAUAUAAAUGUGUUUACAGCCUUUUGUCUCUGCAGUAUAUCAUGGAUAAGGGUUGUUUUUUAAGGAACUUGUUAGUUACACUUGAAUCUUCAUACAUUUUAUUGACCAAAACUAAUGCUUGUUAAGAAUACAUGUAUACUUAUAGGAUAUAUUCAGUAUUUAUUAGUGUUGGAUAUCUGUGACAGGAAGCACUUUGGAUGUUUUACAUGAGGCUAUCAUUGUAUAUACUCUGGUAUAAAAGAUUGUACAAUUAUCUUACUGUACAUUGUUUUAGCAUUUAAGUAGUUGUUGUAACUUUACUUAUAUGAACAUGUUUUCCUUUGACUGGUGCAAUGACAUAGUGAGCAGUUCGUUUCCAAUCAAGCCAGCGGGUCACAGACAGGUUUAGCUAAUAAUUGCACUAUUGAUUUUAGAAAAAAAUAACAUGUAUUUAACAUAUUACUGAAAAGCCAGCAUUGACAUUCAAGUAUGUAAGAAGUGAAUGGGAAAUAAAUAUUUUAUUAUAAAGUAUG